AUGAAAUUUUCUAUAAAUAUAAAUGCAAUCAUAUUUCUUUUUAUUAAUUUGGUUUUUUUUAAUUUAGCUCAUAAAAAUGUUUUGAAUAAAAAUAGUGUAGUAACAAUAAAAAAACUUAAAAAUUCUAAAAGAAAAUUAUCAAAUUUUUAUUUUAUUAAUCAAAAUAGAAAAAUCAGUAAUAAGGUAUUCCUUAAAAAAAACACUAAAAGUAAUUUAAAUCAAAAUGCAAAUUAUGAAGUAAAAGAAAAAAUCAAUUUAGAUACGGAUGAAAGAAUAUAUAAUGAUGAAUUUUUCUAUAAAAAAGGAAAUGUGUUAUGUAGUAAAAAAAUGAAAUUAAUAUUACACGUAUUAAAUAGAACAAAGUGGUUUGAUUUCAAAUUUUUUUCUCCAUCUAAAAUUAAUUUAUUUUUAAGAUUAAAAGGGAAAAAAGGGAGUUACAAUGAUAUAUCAACCUUAAUACAUUCAAUCAAUUUAGGUGAUGAUCUUUUUAUAACAAUAUUAAAUAAAGAAAACCAAACAAAAUUGAGAGAUUUAUUAUACCCAUGUUCUUCUGGUGAUUUCUUAACUAUAAAAAAAAAUAAAGAAUACGAAAUUAAACAUAAAAAUAUCUCAUCUGUGAAAGAAAAAGAUUUAUAUUAUAACAAUUAUCCAUUAAAUGACGAUAAUAUAAUUAUAAAAAUUUUAAAAAAAUUCAGGGAAAAUUUAAAUAUAAGUGAUGAUAUAAAAUUCUUAAUUCAUGUAAAAAAAAGGAUACCUAUAUUCAGUGGAUUAGGAGGAGGAUCAUCUAAUGGUGCUACACUUUUUUAUUUUUUAGAAAAACAUUUUUAUAAGUAUUUAAAGGUGGAUGAAUUAAAAAAUGAUUUUAUAAAAGAAAUUGGUAGUGACAUAUCUUUUUUUAAAAGCUCAGGUUUUGCAUAUUGUACAGGUAAAGGUAAUGAUAUAAUUGAUUUAAAGAGUGUUUUUUCUGAUAUCUUAAAAGACAGAAUUUAUUUAUUCAAAUUUAAUAAAGGCUUAUCAACAAAAGUAGUUUACGAAAAUGUUAAUUAUAACAAAAUAAUACAAUAUAAUCCAAUUAACUUAUUAGAAUAUAUUAUUAAUUCAAAUAAGUUCACUAAAAUUAUUGAAGAAAAAGAAAAAACAUAUAUGAAAUCAUUUGUUAAUUUGGAAAGUAAACAACUACAAAAUAUAUUUAUAAAUGAUUUAGAACAUUCAGCUUUCUUUUUAGAGAAAAAGAUAAAAGAAAUUAAAGAAAUGCUAAUUGAUAAAAAUAUUUUUGAUGUUGUAACAAUGAGUGGGAGUGGUUCAGCAUUGUUUGCAUUACCAAAAAAUAACAUUAAUUUAAAUUUAGAAAAAAUUAAAAUUAAAAAUUUAAUUAAUGAUUUAAAGAAAAAAUUAAAUGUAAAUGUAAAAGUAUAUUUAUGUAAAAUUUUGAGAAAAAAUGAAAAUAUUUGGUAUAAACCAAAUGAAAUUGCAAAAGCAAUAAAAUAA